GAUACGUUAUAUUUUUAUGUGACCGUCGCCGCGACUGUUAUCGAUAGUUGCUAUCUCUUUUGCGUGUCACGGACAAGAGCUCACCACUUUGAAAACAGCUGAUCGCUGGUCAAUGGUAGCGGCAACGGAAUAGCAUCACAAGUGGAUAGCAACUUAUCACAACUCAUCGCCUUCCACAGCUUACCGAGGCUCCCGCUAGCACGUGCUCCGGCAAGACCAAGUGCGAUACCAUGGCCGGGAAUUCGUGUACGGGCCAGCCCAAGGCCACGAUGACAGACCCCCGGUUUCGCAUCCGACCUUUACAGCAAGUGGCCUCCGCCUGUUCCGGCGCCAUGAUGACAGCUUGCUUCAUGACUCCGCUGGACGUCAUCAAGACUCGAAUGCAAGCACAGCAGCAGGCACUGCUAUCAAAGAAAUGCUUUCUAUACUGCAACGGCCUCAUGGAUCACAUUUGUCCAUGCGGGCCGGACACACCCACUCCCGCUCCCUCAAAACCAUCUCCCCGCUUUUCUGGCACAAUUGAUGCGUUCAUUAAGAUCAGCCGUAGCGAAGGUCUCGGUUCCCUCUGGUCAGGGCUGAGUCCGACGCUUAUUUCGGCACUGCCAUCCACCAUCAUCUAUUUUGUGGCCUACGAGCAGUUCAAGGCCCGCUUCACAGAGUUCCACUACAAGUACCUAAGUCAACUAGACGCAGUUCGCCUGGAGACUGCGUCCGACAUUCCACUCCCGAUACCGAUGCUAGUUCCUAUGCUAGCGGGCGUUACAGCCCGCAUCCUGGCAGUGACCUGCGUCAGUCCCGUCGAGCUGAUUCGCACCAAGAUGCAAUCACAGCGCAUGACGCACGCGGAGAUGUUAGGCACCGUCCGCCAGGUGGUGCAAUCCCAGGGCAUUUUAGGUCUGUGGCGCGGCCUACCGCCAACAAUUCUGCGCGACGUACCGUUCUCAGGCAUCUACUGGACUUGCUAUGAGUUCCUCAAGAGUACCUUCAACGUGGUGGAGCCGACGUUUGGAUUUAGCUUUGCAGCUGGAGCUAUUGCGGGAUCGAUGGCCGCCACUAUUACCACACCCUUUGACGUUGUCAAAACUCAUGAACAGAUUGAGUUUGGCGAAAAGUUCAUAUUCUCAGGUAGGCUCCUGGCUGCCCAACUUGCCGCCACCGGCUCACAAUCGCAUUCACACAUUCACAAUGGUUCGGUUUGCAUUACGGCAGAUAAUCCACCCAAACAAAUGGCCACCCAAUCGGUGAUGUCGCGCCUGGCCAGCAUUUACCGCCUGGGCGGUAUUCCUGCUAUCUUUGCCGGACUGGGCCCUCGACUCUUCAAAGUGGCACCUGCCUGCGCUAUCAUGAUAUCAUCGUUCGAGUACGGGAAAUCAUUCUUUUAUCACUACAACAUCGACCAGCACAACCGUCACAAUCCCACGGCCCAGGUGGGUGCGGGAGGUCGAGCAAAAUUCGACUAGAGCCCGUAUCGUUGUCCCCGUGAAUUGAUGUAAAUAUGUAAAUUAAUGCCAAAGUUGCCAGGAAAUAGGAGGGCAGGCAUCGUUGGCCUGGUAUUGGCGACCCCCUCGCCAUUGUUAAAUUGUUAAGUGAAUCAAAAAUUAUCUGUUUUUCUCAGUUUGGAAACAGUAGUCCCGACAAACCGGUCAAUUCCCACCAAGAUUCCUCUACAUUUCGGCAUUAAAAUAAGAAGAGGCUGGUACUGACACUGCAUCCACGAAUUUUUCGGUUUCUGAAUAAUGGCGGAACAAUCCCGGUUCCCCAAAAGUCAUAAUCGCACAUUAUAAACAGUUUUGGCUGUAAAUAUUGGCUAUAAUAUUUGUUAAAUAUGUUCAGAGAAUGAAAAAAUAUAAUUUUUAAAUCAA